UACCAGUUUCUUCUUCUUCUUCUUCGUCUUCUUCAAACAUGGCAGCCAUGAUCUCCCGCAGAGUAAUGACCAAGCUCCUAAGGCCCUCAAACGCUCCAAACCCAUCUUUCUUCUCUCAUCAAACCCGCCAUCGCCCUCUUUUCGAUCCCUCCAAUUACGCCAAACUUUCCUCCUUCGAUUCGUCGUUUUCCAUACAAAACCACUCAUUUUCUUCCCAAACCCAUCAAAUCUUUCAUCAAUGGCAACUCGGUCGAAAACCCAUUACUCUAACCACCCCAAGAUUCAUGUCAAGUUCAUCUGAACCAGAAAAACCCAACGACCCGAGUCCAUAUCCGAGUCAAAACCCUCAAUUCAAGCACCAAGAGAUCGAAGGCCCCACGGUGGAGCGAGACCUCUCGCCAUUGGCGAACGAGACUCGAGAGGUGCUGGAGAGGUUGAUGAAGGCCAUGUACGGGGUGAGCGGAGCAGUGGCUCUUCUGGGUCUGGCUCAGCUCGGGGUUGGAGCUUGGAUAUCGUACACUACAAGGUCGUCGCCGAUCACGGAGGCUUCGAUUCAGAGCUUCAUGGCGUUUGGGUUUCCGUUCACGGUGGCGUUCAUGCUGAGACAAGCGGUGAAACCGAUCUACUUCUUUAAGAAGAUGGAGGAGCAAGGAAGGUUGCAGAUAAUGACUCUGAGUCUUCAAGUGGCCAAGAGUUUGAAUGUUCUUUUCGUUCGUCUUCGUGGGGUUUCUUUCAUGUGCUUUGCUGGUUUGUUCGCUGGUGUUAUGUUCACUAUCUUCUUCUCAUCAAAAUGAGACUUCUUUUUUAUGGUUUUGUUAGUGUUAUGCAAAUUUUAGUAAAGAUGGGAUUUUUAUUGGAUUGAAGCUAAGCUAAGCUCUCAUCUCAACAAUGGUGUAAUUUUAAUGUAUGCCAUGUGAUUUUACUCUUUA